GGCCAGUGCACCACCGCCGAAUAAACGACAACCGUUUAAGACAUUCGCUAAAGUCGGCUCAGCGCGUACUACGAGUUUGUACUGAGGACCGCUCGCAGACGGUAGACGCACACACGCAAUCCAACAGACAGUAGUCGACGAUAAUAAUAAUAAUAUCGUUGGUUCUGUUAUUGUAAUUCAGUUUGCAAGACGACCGCCAUGCACGCGAAAUACCUCUGGGUGAGUAAUUAUAACGUAAUCAAUCGACCGUCACCUAUACCGGACGGAUUAAUAAUAUUUUUCAAUCGAUAUUCGCGACAUUGUUUUGUUUCAAAAAAAAAAAAAAAACGAACGAACGAAUUUCGAUUCGUCGUUUCCCCCCCCCCUCUGAGAGACCCCCGAUUCGGAUACACAAUCGAACGGGCGCCGUUCAUUCGAAAAUCGUUUUUCCCGCGAGUUCCCGUCGGUUUACGCCUUGAGACGAUAUCCCGCACUCGAGUCGCGGAGACGGGUUUCGGUGAUAUUCGGGGCGCGCAUACUCGACGACGGCGGCACACACGAGGAAACGGUUUUUGAUUUCACGCGGGGAACAGAAAAAGCAGAAAAAAAAAAAAAACCAUCGUUAUGCCGUACACUUCCUCGGACGCGUUACCCGAGACCUUGAUGGUGUUAUUAUAUACCACGUAUAUUGUGUGUGAUUAGGUCCUGCGAGCCUGUCAAUUACCUAUACAAAAUCGUUCUCCGGCCCGUCGAGUUACUCAGCAUAAAUUCGUUUUCUAUCGGCGGAAAACAUAAUAAUAACAAUGCCUGACAAUAUCGUCUCAUUAUUAUCGUGGUUGCUGUUAUUAUUAUACGCGUUUACGGGGCCUUGAAAUAAAAAUCCAAUUUCCUACCGGCUACAAGGGAGACGAGUGACGUGAAUAUGGGUUUUUUAAUGCGAGAUUAUUUUAUUUUUUUUCAAUUUUUUUUUUUUUUUUUCGAGUGCCUACCCACGAACGCGUCCGUGGUCUAAUUCGAAUUGUUCAUGAAGCGAGCACGUAUCACGCAAUCAAACACCCACAGCGGGUGCCCCACACCACGGACGAUACAUAACGACCGAUCCGACGUACGAUGGAAACAAUUCGAAAAUAAUAAAAGCGCACUCGGGUCUCUCGAUCUUUUUCGAAAACGAAAUCGACGUCGGCCGGUAUGGACCGGAACGCAAAACGCAUCGCGAUAAUAUCGCACGGGCCGGCGCGCAUGCGCUUUCACAAAUCUUUAUCUACACGACAACGCCGUUACGUUUUGUACAUUUAACAAUUUUUAUCCUCGCCGCGCGCGCGUUAUACAAUAAUUAUCGUAUUGUGCAUCCGCGCGCGGUAAUCAUUGCAAAACAAACGGACCGCGCACGCGCGUGUUACUAUUAUUAUUCACAUUUCUCGAGUUCGCACGUUAUCACACGCUCGUACGCUGUUCGCGUUUUACACGUUGUGAGCCGGCGCACAACCCGACCGGCUGGCCCGCGGGCGUUCGAGGUCCGUUCGCGCGGCGUCCCGGGACGUUCCCGUUCGUGAUCGCAGCACCCCCGUCUCCGCGUCGUAUUACAAUCCGGGCGCGGGUGUCCUUGAUACGUAUUUCGCGAUCCGACCUGCGCGGCCCUCGCGUGGGAACCGUCGUGGGCGAGUGUUUUGACGAUCGUAUAAUAUUAACAAUGUAUUCCACGUGGUCGGGCUCGCGGUUCAACGCGAACACUUGUGCCGCCCGAAGACCGCAAUAGAAUACGAAUGAAUCCCGCGGUACCCGUGUAAACCGAUUUUUAAUCGAAACGGUUUUUUUUUUUUCUCUCUCGUCUUUCGCCUUUAGUUUUUCCAGGGUACGAAGGGCGGGGAUGGGGGGAUUUCGAUAGUUUCCAUUUUGGAGCGCGAUAUUUUGUUUCAUCGUUUGCGCACUCGAAUCAAUAAUAUUCUGGUGUUUGUUUGUGUUCGCAGGGCGCGCUGAUCGCGACGCUCUUGUGCGCGGCGGCUGCCGACACCAGGGAAGUGAAACUCGCGGCCGAAGACGGAGCUGAAGACGACGCGGUUGCCCAAUCGUCGACCAUCGACGAAGAACAACAGCCGCAGUUCAAGCCGGUGUUAAUCGCGCGCAGGCCUUUGCAACACAGGCCUUUGGCCGCCGCCGAAUCGGAACGGCAGCAGGUAGCCGUGGUCCGGCAAUCGCCCAGGGUGUUGCAACAACGGCAACGGGAACAGGAGGACGAAGAGGAGGAACAGCAGAUACCGCAACAAGUGAUCAUCAGACAGCAGCCGGCCAAAUCGUCGGUGCAACAUCAACAGCGCGGACAACAACUGCCGGCCCAGCAACUAUUAAUCCAACAGCGGGUCAACAAGGAUCAACAGCAGCAGCAGCAACAGAAAGAGCCGCCCGCGCAGACCAUCAAGAACUACAACAAGGUCAACGACGACGGUUCAUUCACGUUCGGUUACGAAGCGGACGACGGAAGUUUCAAAGAGGAGACCCGCGGUACCGAUUGCGUGGUCCGGGGCAAAUACGGUUACGUGGACCCGGACGGCAACAAACGGGAAUUCUCGUACGUACAGGGUAACCCGUGCGACCCGAACGCCGUGUCGGCCGAGGACGAAGACGACCAGAGCAAGCCAGGACAACCAGCCGAAGAGGAGAACAUACCGGCCAACGUGCCCAGGCCCAAACCCAAAAAGAACCGACCGACCACCACGCUGUUCCAACAGACGUUCGGCGAUUUCGAACAACCGCAAUCGCGUGUGCAAUCCACGACGCCCCGUCAACCAGGCAGACAGCAACAACCGUUCCAAGAGACAGCUCCCCGGAGACCGGCGCCGCCACCACCACAAGUGCAAGCUUUCCAGCCGGACAGUAGUCCAUCCACCACCGCCGCGCCAUCGCUCUCUUUCAGACCAUCCGCCGCCCCUGAGAGCAUAGAGUCAGCCCUGCGAAACUUGCCUCAACCGCCGUCUGGAAAGUCGCAACUGCAACCGGCCGGACCCAACAACCCGCUGUACACCACCGAACUCGUGUUCGACCCGGCCACCGGACAGUACAACACGGUCAUAUACCAACAAGUACCCAAACAGCCUGCCGGCAUCAACAUUAACCAGCGUUUACCUCUGGCUCCGCCGGCGAGCAGCCGCCAACCGCAACCGCAGUUCCAGCCGCACUCGCCCCCGCAGUUCCAACCGCAACCGCAGUUCCAACCGCAACCGAAGUUCCAGCCGCAACCGCAACCGCAACCGCAAUUUCGACCAUCCGUCCAACCAUUCCAGCCCCAAUUCCAGGCGCAGCAGAGGCCCGUCGAAUUCGACUUCCAACCCAGGCCCGGCCAAUUCUCGCCGUCCCCGCAACAGCAGCAAUUAGUCCAACAGCAACAAGCCCUCACGUUCCAACAGUCGCAAAACCUGUUCAGGCAACAACAGCUCCAGAAGCAACAGCAACAGCAGCAGCCGUUCCAGUCGCAGUCGACGCAAUUCUUCCCGCCGCCGCCGUCGCAGCGGUUCGCCGCGGAUCCGUCGCCGCAGUUCGCGCCGUUGCCGAAGCAACAGCGUUUCGAACCGCAACCGGAAGCCCACCAACAAAAAUUCGUACUCGUGCAGCCCGGCCGGACGCCGGGACAACAGCACCUGGCCGCCGGCCAAAUAGACGCGUUUCUAAGAGGCCACAACGUGCAGUUCUAAGCGAAACAACUCAAUAGUUUCUCCAAUUGUAAAUAGAUAUUAUAGUACUACCUGUACGUUAUAUUAUUGUACGCCCGCGAGCCGUACCGAUACGUGUUUACUAUACCUUAGAUAGUGUAUUGUAAUAAUAUUAUGAUUUUCGUUUAAGCCUAAUUAAGAAUGUGCAACGCGUUACAUAUUUAACAAUUUUGUACGUAUACCUGUACGUAAUAUUCACACCCGUCGGGUUAAGCGGUUUCACCUCCAGGUGGUGAAAGCCAUAAAACGCAGUUCACAUCACUAUACGCAUAAUAUUAUACCUAUAUAAUAUAAUUCGUAUACUCGUAAACACCGAUUAAACAUUAAAUCCUCGUAAUGUUCCAAAAAAAAAUGCCCGAGUAUGUAAUAGAACUGUGUGCUCAAAACAUUAUAUUCUCGAGGAUCUUUUUAUAAUUAUUGUAAAUAUAUUUUAUUAUACUUAACUUUUAUGCUAAAAUAAUCUAUACACGACGUAUUAUUAUUAUUAUUGCCUAUAUAUUAUAAUAUUUCGAUUUUUUUUUUUUUUUUUUGAUUUUUUUCAAUGAUAUUGUAACAACGAUGAUAAUAAUAUAAGUUGUGUGAAAAAAAAA